UGUGAUGUUAGUGAAUAGCUCCUCAGUACAACCCAAACUCACUGGUUUUUGGCGGCGAGUUGAAGUGAUGAUAGUAACUUGAACUGAACGUUGUGUGGCGCUGUCAUCACGCUGUCCCCGCUGCGCCACCAACAUCUCGCAUGUCUCAGAGGCGGACAUCACUAAGACAUAAACUUGACAAACAGCAGACAAACUGAACUCCUUCUGGUGCCGCUGACAGACGAAAUGUGGCUUCGAGAGGAGCUUUUGAAAUUCAUAUGGCACGCAUUCACAGCCCUGGACGUGGACCAGCGUGGAAAAGUUUCCAAAUCUCAGUUGAAGGUGCUGUCUCACAACCUUUGCACAGUGAUGAAGAUCCCUCAUGACCCUGUUGCCCUUGAAGAGCAUUUCAAAGAUGAUAAUAAAGGGCCUCUGUCCAACCAGGGCUACAUGCCUUACCUCAACAGGUUUAUUCUUGACAAGGUGCAGGAAGAGUUUGAUGUGCAGGAGUUCAGCAAGAUGUGUUGGACUCUGUGUUACAACAAAAAUAUCUGCACUAAACGUUUACUCAUCUCAGAAGAAGAUGCUUUUAAAGUCUGGUGCAUUUUCAACUUUCUGUCAGAAGACAAAUACCCACUAGUCAUCAUUACUGAAGAGAUCGAGUACUUCCUGCGAAAGCUGAUGGAGGCCAUGGGGAGUGGAUGGAGUGAAGAAAAAUUUGCAGAUUACAAGCUGAAUGCAAAGAAUAACUGCCUGACUGCCUGGGAGCUGAUUGAUCUGCUGGGGAUGGGUUAUUUCAGCAAGGGCAUGAACGCCCAGACCCUGUCCAUGGGCAUCAAUGAGGUCUUUCAAGAAUUCAUACUGGAUGUGCUCAAGCAGGGAUACAUGAUGAAAAAGGGCCACAAACGGAAGAACUGGACUGAGCGCUGGUUUGUCCUUCGACCCAACUCAGUGUCCUAUUACGUCAGUGAGGAUCUUGUGGAGAAGAAAGGGGACAUCAUUCUGGACCAGAACUGUUGUGUGGAGUCUCUUCCAGAUAAAGAAGGAAAGAAAUGCCUGUUUAUUAUCAAAUGCACUGACAAAAGCUUUGAAAUCAGUGCAUCAGAUAAAAAGAAAAAGCAGGAAUGGAUUCAAGUUAUUCAAACAUGCAUCCAGCUGUUGAGGUUGGGACUGUCGUCUCCUCACCGCGAGGCCCGGCUGAGGCGCCGGGAGCUCCGGCAGAGGCAGCAGGCGGACGAAGAGAACCUAGCAGAGAGGAUGAAGCAGCUCCAGAUGGCCAAUGAGUACAAACAGAGGCAGCUGGAAGCUAUGCAGAGGCAAAUGGAAGAGGCUGCGGCAAAAGCAGCAAUGGAGGAACAGAGAAGGAGGAAAAAUCAGGUAGACCUGCAGGAUCGCUACAGACUGGACCUGGAGAGAGAGAAAAUGGUGCGUCAGCAGAUGGAGGAGCAGGUGGCUCAGAAGUCCGGUGAACUAGAGCAGUACCUACAGCGCGUGCGCGAGCUGGAGGACAUGUACCAUCGACUGGAGGAGGCCUUAGAGGACGAGAGGCAGGCCAAGCUGGACGAGGAGGCCACCCACAAGCUGCAGGCCAGGCUGCUGGAGGAGGAGGCAGCAAAGAGGAUCGAGCUGGAGCAGAUCUACCUGCAGCAGCAGAGGGCGCUGUCUCAGACCAAGGCGGAGAAGCAGGAGCUGGUGGCUGCACAGCUGGCCAAAGAGAAAGACCUGCAGGCAGUCAUGAUGCAGCUGGACCAACUGGAGAGGGAGCGGCAGGGCGCGCUGGAGCAGUACAAGGAGGUGUCUAGGAAGCUUGAACGUGCAUCAAACAAGACAAAGACUUGGAAGGACAAGGUGGCCAAACAAGAGGGCCUGGUGCGCCUCAUCCAGCCAGGCCAUAAAGGACCUCAGAGGAUCACUAACUGGGGUCCUGCUUCAUUCACCGACACUGAGCUGGAGCUGAGGAAGAAGUCUUGGCAGGAGAUGAAGAACCAGGGGGCUCAGGCUCAGUGAACACUCAUUACGCCAGAUGGCUGUGAUUAAUGUUAGAGCCCAAGCCGUCAUGUUCGAAGUCUGAAGAGGUUUGGUAAUGCGAACUUAGUGAGCUAUAUGUUAACUGCUUUUAAAACAACAGCUGGGAUUGACUACAUUUCACCAGUUUCUGCUAUAACAAAAACUCACAUUCAAGCAUCAAAAUUCAUUCUUGACUUUGGAAGAUACAGUUUAACAUAAUAAUAGUGAGUCAAAGUCCACUUACUAGGUUUUGUUUUUGGAGAUUCUUAUUAUAAGUUAGGAUGAAUAUUCUCAUUCAGUUUUUAUUUCAGUAUUUCACUUUCUUUUGCUCAGUUUAACUUUUUCUUUUGUAAUUUUAGUCCUUCCUUUCUGAUUUUAUGUGCUAUAUUUAAUUUAACCUCUUAAACUACAGUUUUUUCAUGUUUUGACAUAAAGUUGUUGUAAUGUAAACCAGAGAAAAAUACUUCUUAUUGACAUUCAGCAGGACAUGACAGUGGGUACAUUUUUCACCAUAGCUCAUUGAGUCAAUUACAUCUGCUACAGUCAUAAAUAAGAUGAUUUAAAAAAGCUAAAUAAUAAAACACAUUUAUUUUGUAUGAAUGUUGAUAUGAAAGCUGUUAAGAAUAAAGACCUCCAAAUAUGUAAGAACGC